AGUGGCUCCGUUCCAUGCCUCAUUUCAUAGGGAACCUCAAAGUGGCUCUAUUUCAUUAUAUUCCAUCCAGAUCCCAAUUCCAUUUUUAUAUUGUCAUUGACAUGACAUAAGAGAUGUCGGUUCUAGUCUAUCUUUUUCUAUUUCUAUAUAUGUAUAUGGAAAGUUCAAAAAUCAUCAUAUAAUAAUCCAGAAAUAGAAAAGAAAAAAGGGAGGUUAAUGAUGAUUUUAAAAUCUUUUAUACCAGGGAAUCUAAUAUCCUUAUACAUGACGAUAAUCAAUUCGGUCGUUAUGGUCGGACUCUAUUAUGGAUUUCUGACCACACUAUCCAUAGGUCCCUCUUAUAUCUUCCUUCUACGAGCUCGGUUUAUGGAAGAAGGAGAAGAAGGAACCGAGAAGAGAGUAUCAGCAACAACUGGGUUUAUUGCAGGCCAGCUCAUGAUGUUCAUAUCAAUCUACUAUGUACCUCUGCAUUUAGCAUUGGGUAAACCUCAUACAAUAACUGUCCUAGCUCUACCGUAUCUUUUGUUUCAUUUCUUCUGGAACAAUCACAAAGACUUUUUUGAUCAUAGACGUCCUACCAGAAAUUCAAUGCGUAAUCUUAGCAUUCAAUGUGUAUUCCUGAAUAAUCUCAUUAUUCAAUUAUUCAACCAUUUCAUUUUACCAAGUUCAAUGUUAGCCAGAUUAGUCAACAUCUAUAUGUUUCGAUGCAACAACAAUAUGUUAUUUGUAACAAGUAGUUUUGUUGGUUGGUUAAUUGGUCAUAUUUUAUUGAUGAAAUGGGUUGGGUUGGUAUUAGUCUGGAUACAACAAAAUAAUUUAAUUAGGUCUAAUGUACUUAUUCGAUCUAAUAAGUAUCUUGUAUCAGAAUUUAGAAAU